AUGGAUCAAAAGUUUAUGGAGCCAUUAACAAGUGGUAACUAUCCGCACAUCAUGCAGUCUCUUGUUCAAGGGCGAUUACCAAAAUUCACAGAAGAACAAUCCAAGUUACUAAUUGGGUCAUUUGAUUUUCUUGGACUAAAUUACUAUACUGGUUUCUAUGCAAGUGAUGCAUCUCAUAAUAUUUAUGUACAUGCAAGCUACAUAACAGAUACUCGCGUGAAUCUUACAUCUGAGCGCAAUGGAGUCCCCAUUGGUGUAAAGAGUGCUUCAGAUUGGCUAAAUGUUUACCCAAUAGGAAUUCAAGAUUUUUUACUCUACACAAAGGAAAAGUACAAUGAUCCAGUCAUUUACAUUACUGAGAAUGGCAUUGAUGAGUUGAAUGAUCCAAAAUUAUCACUUAAGGAAGCUCUUUAUGAUACCAAGAGAGUUGACUACCACAUGCUUCACCUCUUUUAUGUUCAAAGUGCAAUCAAAAAUGGUGUCAAAGUUAAGGGAUACUUUCUAUGGUCAUUGCUAGACAACUUUGAAUGGAAUGUUGGAUACACUGUUCGAUUUGGUAUCAAUUUUGUGGAUUGCAAUAAUGGGUUGAAAAGACUCCCAAAACUCUCAGCACACUGGUUCAAAAGUUUCCUCAAGAAGUAUUGA